AUGGAUCGCUUAAAGCUAGUUCUUCAGUAUUUCCAGUCUAAUUCAGAGUCCAUCUCCAACGGCAUUUGUGUGAUACUGGCUUUGAUUAGCGUCAAGCUUUACACCAGUUUCGAUUUCAACUGUCCGUGUAUACCACAAUACAAUAAAAUGUACGCGCUGGGAGUUAUGUUCGUUCCGCCGAUCAUCCUCUUCCUCCUGGGGGUGCUGAUUAAUCGUCACACGGGUGUGAUGAUGGAAGAAUGGCUUAGACCAGAGGGGAACAGGGCCAAAAAUCCCGCGGUGGUCAAGUAUCUGUUUUCGGCCAUGAUGCAGAGGGCGUUAUUGGCUCCCAUGGUGUGGGUCUUGGUGACGCUUCUGGACGGUAAAUGCUUCAUAUGUGCGUUCAGUAUGAGUGUUGACCCCAAACACUUCACUGGUAUGCCUAACACCACCGGUCUCGACCUGGUUCGCAUUUUGGCUAAAGUGCCUUGUAAAGAGGACAUAAUCUUCAGGAAUACCACAUUCCGCAAAGCCGUUUCACGUUACUUACGCUGUUAUUCACAAGCCAUAGGCUGGUCCAUCCUCCUCUUCCUCAUUCUCCUGGGCGCGGGGGCGCGUCUCGUUAAGCCCUGUUUCAACCACGCCGCGUUCCUCCAGACGCGCUACUGGAGCAACUACCUGGACAUCGAGCAGAAGCUCUUCGACGAGACCUGCGUGCUUCACGCCAGGGACUUCGCCAGGAAGUGUGUGGUGCAGUUCUUUGAGGGCAUGCGGGAGGACGAAGUGGUCCGCCUGCCUCUGAGUUACGGCCUGCGGCCCAGGAAAGGCCGGGCUGAAGACGAGGAAGAGGAGGAGGAGCAUCUGCACGGAAUCACCAGACAGGAGCAGGUGGAUCACCUGCUGCACACCUGGCACCAGUGCAAACCAGAACUGGAUGUGACUAAAAUAGCCUACAGGCCAAAAGUGUGUAUCACUUGGGAGGACCAUAAUGGACACACGCUCUUCUCAGAUGUGUAG